AUGACCACCCGACGCGAUUUCCUGAGCAUGCCCGCGCCCGAGAACUACGUGGCUGGUCUCGGACGUGGUGCCACUGGCUUCACGACACGAUCGGAUUUGGGGCCCGCCCGCGAAGGCCCUUCCGAGGAUCAGAUCAAGGAGGCCCUCGCCAAGAGGGCUGCCGCCCUGGGCUUUGGCGAUGCCGCCGGCGGAAAGAAGGACGACGACGACAACGACGGCGCCCAGGAGAGAUACCAAGAUCCCGACAACGAAGUGGGGCUGUUCGCUGGUGGCGUCUACGACAAGGACGACGACGAGGCCGAUCGCAUUUACCGUGAGGUAGACGAGAAGAUGGACAGAAGACGAAAGAUUAGAAGGGAGGCACGCGAGAAAGCAGAACAAGAAGAAUACGAACGCAACAACCCCAAGAUCCAGCAGCAGUUUGUCGACCUGAAGCGCGCCCUCGGUGCCGUUACCGAUGAGGAGUGGGCCAGCUUGCCUGAGGUUGGCGAUCUCACCGGCAAGAACAGACGAGCUCGAGAGGCCCGAAGACAACGCUUCUAUGCUGUGCCCGACAGCGUAUUAGCAGCAGCUAGCAACGCCGGAGAACUAGGAACAACGGUCGCCGACGGCGCCGAGACCUCGACGAAGGAUGGCCAGGACGGCACCAUGACCGAUUUUGCCAAGAUUGGAGAAGCAAGAGACAAGGUGCUGCAAGUUCGUCUUGACCAAGCCUCACAGUCAGGAAGCUCGACGAGUAUCGAUCCGAAGGGAUAUCUUACCAGUCUCGCCAAGUCGUCUUUGCCCGAGGGAGCACCGCAAGUCAGUGAUGUCAAUCGUGUACGAGAGCUCUUGGACUCGGUUAUCAAAACGAACCCUACGAAUGGCCCAGGGUGGAUCGCUGCUGCGCGUUUGGAGGAGCUGGCCGGCAAGAUCGUUGCGGCGCGUAAUCUGAUCGCCCGGGGGUGCCAGCAAUGUCCAAAGAACGAGGAUGUCUGGCUUGAGAGUAUCCGUCUGAACGACAAGCACAAUGCCAAAAUCAUCGCUGCCCAGGCUAUCCAGAAGAACAACCGUUCCGUGAGGCUAUGGGUAGAAGCUAUGAAGUUGGAGACUGACGCAAGGAGCAAAAAGCGAGUAAUUCGCCAUGCGCUAGAUCACAUUCCCGAAUCAGAGGCUCUAUGGAAAGAAGCCGUGAACCUGGAGGAGGACGAAGAAGAUGCCCGUCUCUUGCUUGCUAAGGCUACUGAGCUGAUACCUCUAUCCGUCGACCUGUGGCUAGCGCUCGCGAGACUAGAAACUCCCGAAAACGCCCAAAAGGUCCUGAACAAGGCUCGAAAGAGCUGCCCAACAUCACACGAAAUCUGGAUCGCAGCUGCUAGGCUGCAAGAGCAAUUGGGCAAUGCGCACAAGCUGAACGUCAUGAAGCGUGCCGUCCAGAUCUUGGCCAAGGAAUCAGCCAUGCCGAAACGCGAGGAAUGGAUCACCGAGGCCGAGAAAUGUGAGCAAGAAGGUGCCGUCAUUACCUGUGGUCUCAUCGUACAAGAGACACUCGGUUGGAGCCUGGACGAAGAUGACGAUAGAAAAGACACCUGGAUGGAAGAUGCACGCAGCAGCAUUAAUAGAGGCAUGUAUGUGACCGCCCGUGCGAUAUAUGCCUACGCACUGCGAAUCUUCCCGACGAGCAAGACCCUUUGGCUUGCUGCGGCUGACCUGGAGCGUAACCACGGCACCAAGGAUGAGUUGUGGCAAGUCCUGGAGAAGGCCGUCAAUGCUUGUCCACGCUCAGAAGUCCUAUGGAUGAUGCUCGCCAAGGAGAAAUGGCAAGCUGGCGAAAUCGACAACGCCCGUCGUGUCCUUGGUCGUGCAUUCAAGCAAAACCCAAACAACGAGGACAUCUGGCUUGCAGCUGUAAAGCUCGAAGCAGAGAACGGCCAGGUGGACCAAGCACGUAAACUACUCGAGACUGCUCGAAGCGAAGCUCCUACCGACCGUGUUUGGAUGAAGUCAGCCUCGUUCGAGAGAACGCUUGGCAAUACAGACGUUGCGCUAGACCUCGUGAACCAGGCCCUGCAGCAUUUCCCGGCUUUCCCCAAGCUCUGGAUGAUGAAGGGCCAGAUCUACGACUCGGAGCUCGACAAACCUUUACAAGCACGCGAGGCUUAUGCGACAGGUGUGAAGGCGUGUCCCCAAUCCGUGCCGCUAUGGUUGUUAUACUCCAGACUCGAGGAGAAGCUUGGCCAACUUCCUAAAGCCCGUUCCGUCCUCGACCGCGCGAGGUUGGCAGUUCCCAAGAACGCGGAGCUUUGGUGUGAAUCCGUCCGCAUCGAGCGACGCGCCGGCAACGUCAAGCAAGCCGAGACACUCAUGGAACGCGCUCUUCGCGACGUGCCCAAGUCGGCCCAAGGCCCGCUGUGGUCUGAGAAGAUCUGGCACCUGACUGCCCGCCCGCAAAGGAAACCUCGUGCCCUCGAAGCUAUCAAGGAGGUCGACAACGACCCAACGCUCCUCGUGGCGGUGGCGCGCAUCUUCUGGGGCGAGCGCAGGCUUGACAAGGCGCAAAACUGGUUCGAGAAGGCACUCGUCCGCGACCCGGACUUGGGCGACACGUGGGCGUGGUACUACAAGUUCCUGGUGGAGCACGGCACGCAGGAGAAGAGAGACGAGGUCGUGUCCAAGUGUAUCAGUGUCGAGCCGAGGUAUGGCGAGACUUGGACCAGGAUUGCGAAGGACCCCAAGAACGUUGGCAAGGGUGCUGAGGAGGUGUUGAAAACGGUUGCUACCGAAUUGCGGUAG